AUGGCUCCUUAUUCGGUCAUGGUAACAGGGGCCAAUCGUGGUCUUGGUCUUGGGCUAGUCAAGGAAUUCAUGAAGAACAAGGAAAUCCAUAAAAUCAUAGCAACUGCUCGUAAUCCAGAUGAUGCCAAGGUAAAGUCAAUCGUUGGUGACAAAGGCCUUACAACACUUCUGAACAAUGCUGGUAUUUGGGUGAAGUAUGUCACGAAACAAGAACCAAAUCGGGCUGAUUUUAUGAAGAACAUUGACGUAAAUGCCGUCGGUGUGGCCAUACUCACACAGAACCUUCUUCCACUCCUCCGCCAAUCAGCUGCUAGAGUGAAAGGCGAUUUUUCACUGGAUCGUGCUGCCAUUUUGAACAUAUCAGCUACUUAUGGCUCUAUAUCUAAGAACACGACGGGAUCAGGUCCACUCAAAGGAUUGGCCUAUAUGACCAGCAAG